GAUCAUUGGGACAAAAAUGGCGUUUCUACAUUGUGUUGUGUUUAUUUUGUUUGUUUUGAUAUCUGACGCACAGUUAGAAUGUCAAAGAGGCUGGUUUCACUUUGGAAAUUCCUGCUACUUUAUAAGUAAUAGCCAUAAGUCAUGGGCGAAUGCAGCUAGUUUCUGUAGAGCGUAUCAUUCGGAACUCGCAUCAGUAGAGACUGGAGCAGAAAACGACUUCAUAACCGAUACCAUAACACGUAUAAAGAAUGGAUUCACAAAACAGCGAAGACUUGAACAAUGUGGUGAUAAACGAGAUAACUGUUUCGACUACGGCGACAAUCAAUGUGUAGGCAAAUAUGCAGCUUGGGCAAAGAUAAAUUGUGCUUACAGAUGUGGUUAUUGUCCAGGAAAUUUUCCACCUUGUGAGGACAAAAUAGAUUACUGUAAACUACUUGGUAGUGAUGCGUGUUCCGACAAUCAAUAUAGUGGAUUUGUUCGUUUGAAUUGUAGAAAAACUUGCAAUAAAUGCACAGUUCCAGCCUUAAGUUUUGUUAAGAACAACAGCACACUAGUACCGUCAACAGAAUUGAGCCCAACAAAGACAAAUGCACAAAAUACAGCAGAACAGACUAAUGUUACAGGAUGUGUGGAUACAAAGGACAACUGCUGGAACUAUGAUGACAGCAAAUGUUUAGGAAUCUAUUCACCAUGGGCAAAACUAAACUGCCCUUAUAGAUGUGGCUUUUGUCCUGAUAAACCCCCGUGUGUAGACCAAAUACCUAAUUGUGGUGAAUAUGAAGCUAAUGCUUGUAGCGACACGUUAUAUGCUGCUUGGAUCAGGAUAAACUGUAGAAAAUUCUGUAAUAAAUGUGAUGUGCCUUACCAUGCUAAUAUAACAGAGUCACAUUUAACAACAACGACACGAACUGUUACACAGAACACAGGAACGUCGCUUCCCAUAUUAUCUCAUGGUGAUGGUUUCUGGAUAGGCGGAACAGAUGAAGUAAUUGAGGGUGUAUGGGUUUGGGCAGCUGGUGGAAAACCCUUAACAUACAGUAAUUUUUACAAAUCUGCCCAAAACAUAGACAAAACUGCAAACCCUAAUGAUGAAAACUGUCUUGAGAUUGUCCAGUGGACAGGAAACCUUGGAAAAUGGAACGAUAACAACUGUUCAGAAGAAUCACACUUUAUUUGUGAAAUGAAAUAUCCAGCGUCAGUAGCAGGUAUAUUUGGAUAACCUUCAGCCGAUAGAAUCGCAAUAAAAUAU